CGCGGCCCAGGGGAAGACCACAUAGAUCUCACCAGAAUGCAACGACCAUCGAGGUUUCUAACCCGACGACUUGUGUAUGGGAAUCACUUUGCGAACCUCGCUUUUUGAGAGAAACUCACUUUUUUAUUUUGAAGAGACACGGUGAAUGCGGUGAAAGCGGUGGAGACCUCCGGAUCGCGAAAUGUUGGGAUGGAAGGCGCAGACUUUGACUCGCCGUCUCCAACCGGAGUAUGAAGUCCUACUUCACGGGUGUGAGAUCUCCGAGAGUGAAACUUUGUUGCCUUGGGAUAUCGCUACACGCUUUCGGGGAAAUACUAUAAAGUGGGAAACGAUCUCGCAGUCCCCGCAACAUGGCCUCGGCUGCUAAUGCGCCCUCCGAGCAGGAAAACAGAGACCCCGAUCGGCCGAGGAUAACGCGGAGGAACAGGGGGGACUAUACCCGCAACACACCGCUGGAUUUGGAGUAUUUGCAGCGGCCGAGUUACUGCGAUGCGGGCUUUGCUUUGGAGCAAAUCACCGAGGGGAAGGCGACGGGGAGAAAAGCACCUCUAUGGCUGAGAGCAAAGUUCCAGAGACUUUUAUUCAGGCUGGGCUGUUACAUACAAAAGAACUGCGGAAAGUUUUUGGUUGUGGGCCUCAUGAUUUUCGGAGCUUUUGCUGUGGGCUUAAGGGCAGCUAAUUUGGAGACAGACGUGGAGAAACUCUGGGUGGAAGUUGGUGGGCGUGUGAACCAGGAACUGAAGUACACGCGGCAGAAUAUAGGUGAGGAGGCCAUGUUUAACCCUCAGCUGAUGAUCCAGACGCCGCGAGAGGAUGGAGCCAAUGUUUUAACAGUGGAUGCGCUUCUGCAGCACCUGGAGUCAGCUAUCCGAGCCAGCAGAGUUCAUGUUUACCUUUAUAACAGACAAUGGAAAUUAGAACACUUAUGCUACAAAUCAGGAGAACUAGUCACAGAAACUCAUUUUAUGGAUCAGAUCAUAGAAAAGCUACAUCCCUGCCUCAUCAUCACCCCUUUGGACUGUUUCUGGGAGGGAGCCAAGCUCCAGUCUGGAAUGGUCUAUCUCCCAGGUAAAGACCCUCUGCAAUGGACCAACUUUGACCCUAAGGAGUUCCUUGAGGACUUGCGAAGGGCAAACUUUCCCGUGGACGGCUUUGAGGAAAUGUUGGAGAAAGCGGACGUUGGACACGGUUACAUGGAUAGACCCUGUCUGAACCCUGCUGACCCUGACUGCCCCCUCACAGCCCCCAAUAAGAACUCAACUAAGCCAUUCGACGUUGCGCGGGCCCUGAGUGGCGGCUGCCAUGGUCUGUCCAGGAAGUACAUGCACUGGCAGGAGGAACUGAUCGUAGGAGGGACCACCAAGAACGGCAGCGGACCCCUGCUCAGUGCCCAGGCCUUACAGACCAUGUUCCAGCUGAUGACUCCCAAGCAGAUGUUUGAGCACUUUCGGGGCUACGAGGAGGUUUCCCACAUCAACUGGAAUGAAGAAAAGGCUGCAGUUAUACUGGAAGCCUGGCAGAGGAAAUACUCUGAGGCGGUGCUGCAGAGCGUGGCAGCAAAUUCGUCUCAGAAGGUCUUGUCUUUCACCACCACCACUCUGGAAGAUAUUCUCAAGUCUUUCUCUGAUGUCAGUGUCAUCCGUGUUGCCAGUGGAUACCUGCUGAUGCUGGCGUAUGCGUGUCUGACCAUGCUACGGUGGGACUGUGCCAAGUCUCAGGGGGCUGUGGGGCUGGCGGGGGUCCUGCUGGUAACACUAUCUGUGGCAGCUGGCCUGGGCCUCUGCUCUCUCCUGGGCAUCUCCUUUAAUGCUGCAACCACGCAGGUGCUACCCUUCUUGGCUCUGGGUGUGGGAGUGGAUGAUAUCUUCCUCCUUGCUCAUGCCUUCAGUGAGACCGGACAGAACAAGAGGAUCCCAUUCGAGGACCGUACAGGGGAGUGUCUGAAGAGAACAGGGGCCAGUGUGGCUCUCACCUCAAUCAGUAACGUCACAGCAUUCUUCAUGGCGGCCCUCAUCCCCAUACCAGCGCUCAGAGCCUUUUCUCUUCAGGCUGCAGUGGUGGUGGUGUUUAAUUUUGCCAUGGUGCUGCUCAUCUUCCCCGCCAUUCUCAGCAUGGACCUCUACCGACGGGAAGACAGACGUUUCGACAUUUUCUGCUGCUUCUACAGUCCAUGUGCCAACCGUGUGAUCCAGAUUGAGCCUAAUGCGUACCUGGACAGAGCAGACGGGAGUCGCUACAGCCCUCCCCCAUCCUAUCGCACCCCUCCUCCAUCAUACCGAACGCCUCCCCCGAGCUACAGCAGCCCCCCUCCUUCUUACAGCAGCCAUGGCUUUGCCCAGCAGACCCAAAUCACCAUGCAGUCCACAGUGCAGCUCAGGACAGAGUACGACCCCCGGACUCAGGCCUUCUACACCACAGCCGAGCCCAGGUCCCAGAUCUCUGUGCAGCCCAUGAAUGCAGCUCCGACUCGGGGAAACCCUAAUAAUGACUAUUACAGUAGCAGCAGCAGUGAUCACAGCAACCUCAACAACAACAACAGUGGCAGCCGAAGUAAUGGGGGGUCUCGGGGUUCUGCUACCUUCUCCCAUCAUCACCCUGCACCUGCUGCCCCAACUUCAAGUGCUAGCUCAGCUCCUCAGGGUGAUGCGGCCUCAUCAGCUGGCCAGGGUCCAGAGAACAACAGCUCCACACGGGACCUGCUGUCCCAGUUCGGUGAAGGCUCGUUAGGCCUGCGCUGCCUUGAGCCUCCCUGCUCCCGCUGGACUUUGUCCUCUUUUGCUGAGAGGCACUAUGCUCCAUUCCUUCUGCAGCCCACCACUAAGGUGGUUGUGAUUGUGCUCUUCCUCUGCCUGCUGGGAGUCAGUCUAUACGGGACCACCCAGGUGAGGGAUGGCCUGGAGCUGACGGACAUCGUGCCCAGAGAAACCAGCGAGUACGAUUUCAUCGGUGCCCAGUUCAAGUUCUUCUCCUUCUACAACAUGUACGUGGUGACGCAGCGGGCUGAUUACGCCCAGAAACAGCCUCUGCUGCACCAGCUCCACCAGAGGUUUCACACAGUUCGCUACGUGCUGAAGGAGGACAAUGGACAGCUGCCUCGCAUGUGGCUUCACUACUUCAGGGAGUGGCUGCAAGGUCUCCAGCAGGCGUUUGACAAGGACUGGGAGGCCGGCCGCAUCACCGCCACCAGCUAUAGAAAUGGCUCUGAUGAUGGCGUCCUGGCGUACAAGCUUUUGGUGCAGACAGGACGCAGAGACAAGCCCAUCAACUUCAACCUGCUUACCCGUCAGAGGCUUGUGGAUGCAGAUGGGAUCAUCAACCCCGGGGCUUUCUACAUCUACCUAACUGCCUGGGUCAGCAAUGAUCCUGUGGCAUAUGCUGCCUCACAGGCCAACAUUCGCCCACACCCUCCUGAGUGGCUCCACGACCGUACCGACUCCAUGCCCGAGACACGCCUCAGCAUCCCGGCUGCUGAGCCCAUCGAAUACGCACAGUUCCCCUUCUACCUCAACGGGCUCCGGGAGACGCCGCAGUUUGUGGAGGCCAUCGAGAGCGUGCGGGCUAUCUGCAGCAACUACAGUCGACAAGGCCUACCCUCCUACCCCAACGGCUACCCUUUCCUGUUCUGGGAACAGUACGUCAGUCUUCGCCACUGGCUUCUGCUGUCCAUCAGUGUCGUGCUCGCCUGCACCUUUCUGGUUUGCGCCCUCUUUCUGCUCAACCCAUGGACCGCCGGCAUCAUAGUGUUGGUGCUUUCUCUCAUGACUGUGGAGCUGUUUGGCUUCAUGGGGCUAAUGGGAAUCAAGCUGAGCGCGGUCCCUGUGGUCAUUCUCAUCGCCUCUGUGGGCAUUGGAGUGGAGUUCACCGUUCAUGUGGCUCUGGCGUUCCUGACAGCCAUAGGGGAUCGUCACAAGCGGGCCGUGCUGGCGUUGGAGCACAUGUUUGCCCCGGUGCUCGAUGGAGCCUUUUCCACCUUAUUGGGUGUCUUAAUGCUCGCUGGCUCUGAGUUCGACUUCAUCGUCAGGUAUUUCUUCGCAGUGUUGGCCAUCCUAACAGUUCUUGGAGUUCUGAAUGGACUGGUCCUUCUUCCAGUAUUACUCUCAUACUUCGGGCCAUAUCCAGAGGUGUCUCCGGUCGAUGGACGAAGCCGGUUACCCACCCCAUCCCCAGAGGCCCCUCCUCACGUGGUCCACUUCUCAGUCCGUCCUCACCACACCACUGCAGCCACUACCACCUCUGGUGCAGCUUCAGACUCAUCAGACUCGGAGUACAGUUCAAACACCACAGUGUCCGGUAUCAGUCAGGAGCUGCAGAACUACAACCUGCCCUCUCACAGAGGACAAACUCGAGCAGAGGAGCAGCAGUACCACCUCCAGACCAGCAGGGGCAGGGCAGCCAGGACAGAGGAGGAAAGGAGAGCAGGAUCAGGACAUAGGCGCUCAGCCAGACAGCCCAACCCUCCUGCAUAUACUGUGUCUUCGUCCUCUCAGGGUUGUGAUUCUGGGCCUCAGCCUGGGGCUACUCAGCGUAACAGCAGCAGGGACCCCAAGAGUCAGCUGCACUGGCAGGCCCCACCCCCAGCCCGCCCGCGCAUGGACGCUUUUGAAACUGCUACUGAGGCUGGGGGCCAUUAUGGCUCACGCAGCCAUAGAGAACACUCAGCAGGCCACAGAGCCCGCUCUUCCCACAUCCCACAGCCUAAUCAACACCUCCCGCACCACCAUCCCAACCCCACCCCAUACUGCCAACCCAUCACCACGGUAACAGCGUCAGCCUCCGUCACUGUUGCCGUCCACCCGGCCCCCUUGUCCAGCCAGGGCCCCCCCGCUUCCUCUUACCCAGGAUACACUGCAACGGACAGUUACUGCACAGAGGGGCCGGAACCCGUCUUCCACGACCCACAUGUGCCACUGGACACCCACACGGGGGCCAGAGGAGUCAACAUGGAGGCCAUGGAGCUUCAAGAUUUGGAGUUUGAGGCAGCUGAGAGCAACAGUGGCAGACGAGUGAGCUGAGUUGUGGAGAACGGAAGUACAACGGCCAAAGAUGGACUCCUCUGUAUUACUAAGCAGCUGACCCGGCCUAGCACAGUCAAGCUCAGCAUAUCCCAGCCCGGCCCGCCUACGGCCUAAGCAGCGAGAAACGCCAGUGUUGCUGUCAUGGUGCUCAUUCUUACUGUAACCCAGUGGACUAUUGUCUUAGAUAUUUCUAUCAAUAUUUAAAAGAUGUAUACAUAUGUAAAUAUGAACAAAAAGUAGCUAUAAUGUUAGGAGCUGUACAACUCCUCAUGUUAACAGACUGGGGCUGCCAUUUUAUAUGGUGUGUGUGUAUGUGUGUGUGUUUGUGUAAAUGUGUGCGUGCAUGUGAGAGAUAGAUCUCUGAUUACUGUUCACUCAUCUGUGGAUCUGUGCCAUUAGGAAGCUUCAUCUAGACAAAAAAUACCUGUCAGCAUUCACUGUUGCUGCUCAAAAAUAUUUUUUUAAAUAAUAUACAUUUAUAACUCUAUGCAAAUGUCUCUUUAAACAAAAGAAGUGAUCUGUCCACGUAUAUAUGUGUGUGUGUGCGUGUGUGUUUGUAGGGCUGUAUGAUGUGAAACAGCCCCAUUUUCCUCUGGCUUAUACAUCAGAUACAUCCUCAGAACAGACUAACAUUUACACUCAUUUAAAACAUGAGGGAAAUUGUUAGAGUUAUCAAACAGGGCUAUGGUAUAUAUAUAUAUAUAUGUGUGUGUGUGUGUGUGUGUGUGUGCGUGUUUAUGUGUGUGUGUGUGUUUAUUAUUGUAUAAAGGUACGCAUGUUAAACUAUUAAUUUUUUUUAUCACAAACCUGUGGUAGUUAUGAAACAAUUACUGUUUAAGUUGACACGCUAUGCGUGCUAUUUAAGAUGAGCAGAUAUGAAGAAAUUUUAAAAGCUGUUUUUGUUUUGUUUUGUUCUUUUAGUUAUCGCCUCUGCAUUGGAACCUGUUUCUGCUCUCAGCUUUGUAUCACUGUCUGUUAGGCUGCUCUCUGGUCGUAUUUUACUGUAACAGGUUACUGUAUGUAUUGUUUAACCCUAGCAGGCUCAAAACAGGUUCUGUCUUGUAUGCUAAUAUACGAGCAGUAAACCCUCCUCAGAAACUCACUCUACCAUUACAGGGACAUUCACAUUACUGAUUCUGGAACAGGGUCAACACGGGGCACUAACUCUGUGUCUAGUGCAUAAGCUAAAACUCAGACUGUAUACUGUACGACCCGAUUCAACUUGGCACUUGACUGCAUUUAAACUUCAUUCACAGGAAUAUCUCGCCUCAAGUAGCUCUUUAUUUCUGUCCAACCAAUAAGCUAGCCCACGCAGCCUGCUAAGGGCUAAGCCCUAUAUGGCCUGACAAUGUGUGUGUCUCAAUGUAUGUGUGUGUACAGGAAUUUAUGUGUGUGCUUGUCCAUCCUCUCCUCUCUGUCUCAGUGCUCCUUUAGUGACAGUAAAGACAACUGGCCCCAAUUUGGCCUCAGCCGUCCCCACUGACCUCAGCUAAUAAAAAUCCAUAA